AUCAUAUCACUUGGAGGAAAUGGGUGUGGUCUUCAGAGAAUAUAUAAAGCAUUCCCAGAAGAUGCAAUUGCAUUCUUCUCCAGCAUCCAGAGCUGUCAGGAUUCAAGUUUGUCGCACUGAGGAGAAUUUUUAAAGUUCCUGCCAGAAGGAGGUGAGCACCUAAGUGCUGACCUGAACUGAAUAGCUACUUACCGAACAGGAAUGAAAUUUCAUCAACUACAUUUCAUCAAGUGUACCCAAAGUGGGAACACUCACCAGUUGAAAAUAUGACAUGCUCUGGUGAUCUGAACUGACUCCAGAAACAUGGAUUCAGACACACUGCAGGUCUUCCAGAGUGAACUCACCUGCUCCAUCUGCAUGAACUGCUUCCUGGACCCCGUCACCAUAGACUGUGGGCACAGCUUCUGCCGUCCCUGUCUCAGCCUUUGCUGGGAAGAAGGCCAGUCUCCAAGGAGCUGCCCUGAGUGCAGGGGAAUAGCAGACAGGCCCAAUUUCCAAACCAAUAUUGUCCUCAAGAGGCUGGCUUCCCUUGCCAGACAGGCCAGAGCUGACCAUGACCACAGCUCUGAAGAGCAGAUCUGUGUGACACACCAGGAAGCCAAAGGCCUCUUCUGUGAGGUUGACCAGACCCUGCUCUGUGGGCCCUGCUCUGAAUGCCCCGAGCACGCAGCUCACAGCCACAGUCCAAUACACAGGGCUGCUGAGGAGUCCCGGGAAAAAUUUUUGAAAAGAAUGAGCUCUUUAUGGAAAAUGAGAGAAGAAAUGCAACUCAUUCUGAAUCAGGAAGCUCAAAAAACUCAGUCAUUUAAGAAAUAUGUGACCCUAAGGAAGGUGAUGAUUAAAUUUGAAUAUCAGAGGAGGCAUCCAUUGCUCCAGGAGGAGAAGAAACUGCAUCUGGAGGCCCUGAAGAAAGAAGCCAAGGAGAUUUGUCUACAACUCAAGAAGAGUGUGUUCAGAAUGACUCAGUACAUAGAAAGACUGAGAGAAAUGUACAGAGAGCUGACCGAGAUGUGCCACAAGCCAGACACAGAGCUGCUCCAGGCCAUGGGAAAUGUAUUGGAAAUGGCCUACUUGGCACAGAUGCAGAUGCCUCAGCCAGUGAACCCAGAGCUCAGUUGCUGGCCUGUUGCUGGAAUCCUAGACACUCUGAACAACUUCAGAGUGGAUAAUGUUCUGACUCAGACAACCGUUCACCAUCUGAGCCUUGAUGAUGCAAGUGUGAUGUCAGGAGAUGACCCCCAGGGCAUGUCCAGACAGCUCGAUGGUGAGGAGAGCUUUGUGGCCUGGGGAGCUCAGGCUUUCACCUCCGGGAGGCAUUACUGGGAGCUGGAUGUGACACACUUCUCCAGCUGGAUUCUGGGGGUCAGUAAAGAUAUCUUGACAAGUGAUACUAUUAUCCGUAUUAAUUAUGAAGAAGCAUUUCUUCUAUUUUCUGAAAAGGUGAAUGACCAGUAUAGUCUCUUCACCAACUCCCCACCCUUAGUUCAGUUUGUAAAAAGGCCUCUGGGUAAGAUUGGAGUUUUUCUGGAUUACGACAAUGGAGCUGUGAGCUUCUAUGAUGUUUCCAGAGGAUCCCUCAUAUACAGUUUCCUUCCUUCCUUCAUCUCCUCCCCUCUGAAGCCUUUCCUUUGCCUUAGGUCUCCAAGAAUUAUCUAGUUCCCUGACCAUAUUUUUUAAAUUCUUCCCUGAGGAUGUUGCUAUCUUAAACCUCAUGCAAGGUCACAGAACAAUACCUGACUGUGUCUGAGCACACUGCAAUUUAAUGAAACAUAAUGAUUGUAUGUUUAUAAAAUGGCUUAAACAUGUUGAAUGUAUAAAUUUGUUAAUGAAGUUUAACACAAAAAUUUA